CAUACUUUAUAUGCGUAUAUGCGUUGUUUGCGCUACUGUCGCGGUCACGUUUAGAGAAGAACUAAUACCGUAAUGUGUGUUAAAUUAAUAAAAUGCUGACUCGGUAAAAAAUGUCUUUUCAAUAUUCACGAAAGAUUUAAUACAGAAACGUUUUAAUUUCAAUAAAUUUAACGUUCGAGUGAUAUAUUGGUCGUUCAUUGGCAAUUUCCAAUUUCUGAAAUAGCGGGCAAUAAUGUCGCAAAAUACAUCAAACAAAUCGGAAAUACUGGAAGAAUUGAGUUGGAUUCGAAUUCUAGAUGAUGAUAUAAAAACUGAAACGUUUUGGGAGAAAUUCAGACGUAAAUUGAUGGAAAAUCCUGCAGUACCUAUAGGUACUGUGGCAACUACAGCUGCUCUCACUUACGGCCUGGUCAGUUUUUAUCAAGGAAACAAGAUAAUGUCUCAAUACAUGAUGCGUGCGCGAGUUGCAGCCCAAAGUUUUACCAUAUUAUCUAUGGCUCUCGGAUUUGUUAUUGUAGCAUCCCGACAAGAGAAAUAAUAUAUUAAUGUAUAUAUAGUCAGUCAGUCAGUCAGUCAUUCGAUAAUGAAUUUAUUUUAUUUUGUUGUUUGUGCGCGUUCCGUAUUCAUUACUUAGCUGGAAAAAUAAUAAUAAUAAUUGUUUCUAUUUAUAACAGAAACAGUUCUUGAAAUAUACUUAAAAAACAUCGUUAUGUAUGAAAUCGAUUGAAUAAAGUUUAUCCCCUUUAUCCAUGAAA